UAUUUGAACAAACAUGGCGGACGAAGUGCCAGGAAGAAAGGAAAACUGUAUUUUCUGCAAAAUUUCUGCAAAGGAAAAAGAGGCACAAAUAGCUUACGAAGAUGAGGAAUUUGUUGCCUUUCCAGACAUUCAACCUGCAGCAAAAUAUCACUACUUAAUAAUUCCAAAAGUGCAUUAUGGAAACCCCAAAUCACUGGACGGUCGGCAACUGGAACUCGUACAGAAAAUGAAGGAGGUGGCUUAUAAGAUUUUAGAGCAAGAAAAAGUGGAUUCAGAUGACGUUAGAAUUGGUUUCCACUGGCCACCUUUUAAUUCAAUUCAGCAUCUUCAUCUUCAUGUUCUUUCUCCAGCUUCUCAGAUGAGCAUUUUUUCUAAUUCGAUUUACCGGCCGAACUCAUGGUGGUUUGUGACAGUUGAAUGGAUGUUGGAACAUCUAAAAAAGAAGCUUGGAUAGAAGUUACAUAAUUAAAUUGGCAUUCUCUUUAUGCUUUUUAGCGUAUAAGACCUCUAACAAGAUUGUCGUAACUUUAACUCUUGUUUAAUUUGAAGAAAAGAAAAUAUAUUCGAAGACAUUUUUUUACGAGAAUUUAAGUUAGUGUUCCUUGUAUUUUGCCAUAAAUAUCAACUUCAAAAUUUGACGUAAAAUACGUUAUACAUAACACGAAAGGAGUCAGAUUUAAAAAAAAGAUCUUUGUACUGAAAUAUGAGAUAUAUUAUGAAUUAUGAUAGUCCAUUCUCGGCAGGACAGUCCCUAACAUUGUCUAGGGAAGCAGUAUGUUUACGCUAUUUCAAAAGAAGGGCAGGGACAUGCAUGUAUAUAUGUCAAAGUUCAUAACUUUUUUGGCAGGUAUACUGAACCACCAAAAAGAAAGGCCAUGUGACAUAAUUUUUAUGGCAUCAGGGCCUGGUUUUACGAAGUCUGGAUGGCACUAUCUGGCAGAUAUAUCCUUAUCCAGUGGAUAAGUCAAUGCUGUUAUCCAAUAAAUCUUAUCCACUGGAUAAGAUUUAUCCUUCUGAUAGUGCUAUCCACCCUUUGUACAACCGGGCCCAGGGGUUUUGAAGAAUCUUUAUCUUCAAAAUUCAUAAGGGGAUCAUGUAUUAAACUAAAAUAUAAAAGUA